AGCCUGCUGGAGCCAGAGGGAAUGCCCGGGCUUUUCUUUAGGAGGCACCCGCCUACCCCGGGGCGGGGCCGGGCUCCUAGCGGCGGAGCCACAGCCCAAACAGUUUCCUGCGCUAAGGAGGAAGAGGGAAGGAAGACGCUGAGGCUCACACACAUCCAACCCAACUGUAGGCUUCGCCGCCGCACCGGAGACGACUCGGCCGCCGCCCACUGCAUCCACUGCGACCCCCUUAAACCAGGGCAGCCCGCACUCCCUGAACCCCAAAGAUGGAAAUCCCAGCCACCCACUAUGCAGUCUCCAGAGCUGCCUCAGUGGCAGAGAACUGCAUCAACUACCAGCAGGGGACCCCCCACAAGGUGUUCCAGGUGCAGACGGUCCAGCAGGCCAGCAAGGAGGAUAUUCCAGGAAGAGGGCACAAGUAUUGCCUUAAAUUUUCUGUGGAAGAAAUUAUCCAAAAACAAGUUACAGUGAACUGCACAGCCGAAGUUCUUUACCCUCAAAUGGGACAAGGGACUGCACCAGAGGUCAACUUCACAUUUGAAGGAGAAAUUGGCAAGAACCCAGAUGAAGAAGAUAACACAUUUUAUCAAAGACUUAUGUCUAUGAAGGAACCACUACAAGCACAAAACAUUCCAGACAGUCAUGGAAACGUGUCUCCACAAAUGAAGCCAAUUCGCCACUUAGCCUGGGUCGCCUGCAGUUAUAUAAUGUGGCAGAAUUCAACUGAAGACACGUGGUAUAAAAUGGCACAAAUUCAAACCGUCAAGCAAGUGCCAAGAAAUGAUGACUUCAUUGAAUUAGACUAUACCAUUCUACUCCAUGACAUUGCAUCGCAGGAGAUUAUUCCCUGGCAAAUGCAAGUUUUGUGGCAUCCACAAUACGGCACAAAAGUAAAGCACAAUAGCCGUCUCCCAAAGGAAGCAGGAGCAGAGUAAACAAAGACCCUAAGACCCAGAUGAAAUGGAAAAAUGUUCCUAACGAUGUGGAUGACUGUCCUCAUUGGCAUCUAGCCUAAUAAGCCAAGUAAAUCCCACAGUGUCUCUUUGUCUUGGCUACAGCUCUAAGUUGCAUAGAUUCCAUAAUAAAGAGUAUUACUACAUAAAGAUGUCUUCCCAACAGUAACAGUACUAUGUAUGUCCCCUAAUAAAAAGUCCACUUCA